GGGUGGGGUGCGGAGCGCCAUAGGCAGGAGGGACGCCGGGCCCGGGGAGUGCAGCAGACAGGGCUGGCCCCGGGGAAUGGGCUGGUAGAGCGUGUCCAGAGAGGAGAGUAGGGUCGGAGUGAAUUGACCACCGGGCCCAGAGGGUCCGAGCCGAGAGCGGAGCCUGCACCCUCCACCACCCGCCCUUCGGGAAAUAGCAGAACUGAGCCAAGAGGCAGGUGCAUCGGGAAAAUGUGUCUGAGUCCUGCUUGGCAGAAGAGAAACUGAGUCACCAGCUCGGGAGCCGCAGGGUCAGCAGGCCUGAAAGGGGCUGGGUCUGCCUGUGGUGCAGAGAGUUGGGUGGGCCUGUGUGAGCUGAGGUGGCCUCUGCCUGGAGAUUGGUCUCUGCUGUGUCUGCACCUCUUGGCUCGGUUUCCCUGUGCUCCAUGACUCUUGCGUCUCCUGGCUUCUUCUUGUUGGUUUGGAAUUGUCCUUAUGGUUGGAGCUAUCUAAGUGUGUAGGGCCUAGGCCAAGGAGGAAGGGGUGGGGUCGCUGACUGUGGGUAGGAGUCUGAGAUUUGGGGAGACUUUCCUGAGCUGCCCUUGCCCCAGUCCUGGUGCCAAUCAUCUUCCAUAUAAUAUGGGAGAGGAGCGUUAACAAAAGAGCCAUGGAUUGUAAAUCCCAGCUCUGCCAGUCGCUAGUUGUAAGACCUUGGGAAGGCUCUUCGCUUCUCUAAUUUUUCUUUUAGAAAUUGGAACCCAUAAAGAUGGUCAUAAUGGCAGUCAUUUAUUGUGUGCUUACUUUGUGUCAAGCACUGACAUGUUCCAUUUAAUGUUCCCAACAAUUCUAGAGGAUAGGGAUCAUUAGCUCUGUUUUAUAGAUACAAAAACUGAAGCUCAGAGAGGACAUAUAAUUUGUUCAAGAUCACACAGCUAAUAGGUGGCAGAGCAGGGAUUUCAUCCCAAGUCUGAUUCCAGAACCCAUCACCUUAAGCACCAGGCUAACAAGCCUUUAGGGCGCACUCCCCAGUGAGAGAAGAGGAAGGUGGAAAAUCUUAGGGUCCCAGCUCCCUGUUAUGUUUUAUUUACUUUGUGGCUAGCGAAGACUUGCCCUGACCCAACCUACGGUCAUUCCUCGCCUGGUGCUGUUGCCUCUGGGCUCCAGAUUGAAGGGGCACCAAAGAAGUGGGCUGGGGCCUUUCCAAGCUUCCUUCACACGGUGCUUGGGUGCUGGGCCCUGGGGUCAGCUUUCAAGACAAUUGCUGUUUCAAUCUGUGAUCCAUCCAUCCUCCGUAUGAACAACCUCCCUCAGAGCUGGACCUCAGGAUGCACAAGGCAGGGUCUCUAAGCUCUGCAGGCCUAACUCUUCUGAGAGCUAGGGCAGUGAAGGGCUGUGACAGGCUGGCCCGGCCAGUUACUGGGGACAAGGACUAUGCAGUGGGAAAAACAGUAGACUUGGAGUUCUGAAACUUUUCUGAGCUUCAGUUUCCCCAUCUAUUAUAGAGGUUAUUAAAAUCUCUCACGGGGAAAGGUAAGAACAGAACGUGGGAAGCAUGUAAUGUUGAAGGAUCUGCUUUAGAGAAGGGAGGUGAUGUGAGAAAGAUUCGUUUUUAGGGGAAGGUGCUCCACAGCCGGCUGUCGCUUCUGGAACCAAAGCCAGGGAAAGCGGCUUGGGAAGGCAGCAGGAUAGGUGCAGGCUAGACUUUGGAGAGCUGGUCGUCUGGGGCUCGUGGGGUGCAAGGAUCUGGGAAGGGGAAGGGAGGCAGUUUGAUGUGCUUCCCCAUUGCGUUCUGAGGAGUCUAGACCAGAACAGGGAGUCUGGCUCGGGGUGGGGCUCUGCCCCCAGUCCCACCUCAGCAGUGACUCGGUGUAUGUGCCUCUCUUCCUUCUGCAGCUGCUGCCGCUCACCCCGUGUCUUCUGGCUGCUUCCCUCUUUGCUGCCCCUCCCCACAGGCUCCCCCUCUCCACCUCUUGGGGACCAUCAUGAAUGGUGCCCCUCCUCCAGAGGAUGGGGCCUCCCCCUCUCCUCCUCCCUUGCCACCACCCCCUCCCCCAAGUUGGCGGGAGUUCUGUGAGUCCCAUGCCCGGGCUGCUGCCCUGGAUUUUGCCCGCCGUUUUCGCCUCUACCUGGCCUCCCACCCCCAAUAUGCAGGGCCCGGGGCUGAGGCUGCCUUCUCCCGCCGUUUUGCUGAGCUCUUCCUGCAGCACUUUGAAGCUGAGGUGGCCCGGGCCUCCGGCUCCCUCUCGCCACCCGUCCUGGCUCCUCUGAGUCCUAGUGUGGAGAUCCCGCCACAUGACCUGUCCCUUGAGAGCUGCAGGGUGGGCGGGCCCCUGUCUGUGCUGGGCCCUUUUCGAUCAUCUGAGGACCUGGCCGGCCCCCUCCCUUCCUCAGUCUCUUCCUCUUCUACGACCUCCUCGAAGCCGAAGCUAAAGAAACGCUUCUCCCUCCGCUCAGUGGGUCGCUCCGUCCGCGGUUCAGUCCGUGGGAUCCUGCAGUGGCGGGGGACUGUUGACCCUCCCUCCCCAGCUGGGCCCCUAGAGACCUCAUCAGGCCCCCCAGUCCUAGGUGGAAACAGCAACUCCAACUCCUCUGGUGGGGCUGGGACCAUUGGCAGGGGACUGGUUAGUGAUGCAACAUCCCCUGGGGACAGAUGGACUCACCGUUUUGAGAGGCUAAGACUCAGUCGGGGAGGGGGAGCCUUGAAGGAUGGAGCAGGGAUGGUACAGAGGGAAGAGCUGCUGAGUUUCAUGGGGGCUGAAGAGGCAGCCCCUGACCCAGCUGGAGUGGGCCGGGGAGGAGGGGCAGCUGGGCCUACGUCAGGGGGAGGAGGGCAACCUCAGUGGCAGAAGUGUCGCUUACUGCUUCGAAGUGAAGGAGAAGGAGGAGGAGGAAGUCGUCUGGAGUUCUUUGUACCACCCAAGGCGUCUCGGCCUCGACUCAGCAUUCCCUGCUCUACUAUCACAGAUGUGCGGACUACCACAGCCCUGGAGAUGCCUGACCGGGAGAACACAUUUGUGGUUAAGGUGGAAGGCCCCUCGGAGUAUAUCCUGGAGACAGCUGAUGCUCUACACGUGAAGGCUUGGGUGUCUGACAUCCAAGAAUGUCUGAGCCCGGGGGAGAACAUAGACAGCUUGGAGCUGCCCUGCCUGAAUCACUCAGAGAGUCUGCCCAGCCAGGAUCUGCUGCUGGGACCCAGUGAGAGCAACGACCGCCUGUCGCAGGGGGCAUAUGGGGGCCUCUCAGACCGCCCCUCGGCAUCUAUCUCCCCCAGUUCUGCCUCCAUUAACGCCUCCCAUUUUGACUCAAUGGAACUGCUUCCCCCAGAGUUGCCCCCCCGCAUCCCUAUUGAAGAGGGACCCCCAGCAGGGACAGUUCAUCCCCUCCCGGCCCCCUACCCGCCCCUGGACACUCCGGAAACAGCCACAGGGUCAUUCCUGUUCCAGGGGGAGUCAGAGGGACGUGAGGGGGACCAGCCCCUCUCAGGGUAUCCUUGGUUCCACGGGAUGCUCUCUCGACUCAAGGCCGCCCAGCUAGUGCUGGCCGGAGGCCCCGGCUCCCAUGGUGUUUUCCUGGUACGUCAGAGUGAGACAAGGCGGGGCGAGUAUGUCCUCACUUUCAACUUCCAGGGCAAGGCCAAGCACCUGCGUUUGUCGCUGAAUGAGGAGGGUCAGUGCCGGGUCCAGCACCUGUGGUUCCAGUCCAUUUUUGAUAUGCUCGAGCAUUUCCGGGUGCACCCCAUCCCUCUGGAGUCUGGAGGCUCCAGUGACGUUGUCCUUGUCAGCUAUGUCGUGUCCUCCCAGCAACAGCAGGAACCGAACACCUCCCAUGACCCACCCCAGCCCCCUGAACCCCCUUCAUGGACAGAUCCCCCACAUCCUGGGGCAGAAGAGGCGCCGGGGGCGCCAGAAGUGGCGGCAGCAACAGCCACAGCAGCCAAAGAGAGGCAAGAGAAAGAGAAAGCGGGCACUGGAGGGGUCCAGGAAGAGCUGGUCCCCGUGGUUGAGCUGGUCCCCGUGGUUGAAUUGGAAGAGGCCAUAGCACCAGGAAACGAGGCCCAGGGAGGCGCUGGAUCUGGUGGGGACCCUGGGGCAACCCCGAUGGUGCAGCUCCAGCAUUUACCACUAGGGGGCGAUGGAGAAGAAGGGGGCCAUCCCAGAGCCAUUAAUAACCAGUACUCCUUCGUGUGAGACACCCACCCUGCUUUUUCUCCACUCUUCUGGCUCCCUAGCCCUCAGUUCCUGAGACUGGGGCUGGGCUGGGACAUAGAGGAGCGGUAGGAAUCCCCUCCCCACAUGCUUCCUGACCCUUGACGGCCAAGGGCAUGUAUGUUGGUACAAGAAGAGGUUCAAGAGCCCUAUUAACUCCCCAGUUGAUACACUACAGGUGCCCCAUCCCCUGGGCAGGGGAUUCGGGCUCCAUUACCUCCCCAAGGGGCUCUUAUGGUCAGCCCCACCCCUGGGGGCCAUUUCCCCCAUUAACCACCCCCUAACCCAAGAAAGGGUGAGGGGGAAGGGCUGUCAGUUAUAUUAAGGUGGUUGUUGUUGUUGUUUUAAACAAAAUGGAGAAGCAUAAAUAAAUAAAAGGGUUUAUCUCAGUUCCAUCAUGAUGGCUGUGGCCAGUGUUUGCAGUGGGGGCUGGGAGGUGGGGGUCAGGAAGGCAGCCCACUCAGCGUUGUGAACUCCAGACCGGAGGGGCCGGAGGGCUGGGUCAGAUUGAGUCCCUGUGCAGUCGGCCCAUCGCUCCGCUGUGGGUUGUCCUGUUGGUCGAGUGGUAAGUGCAGAGCCAAACAGUGCUUCUUGGGGUUUCCAGCGAAGUUCUCUUAAUGGGACAGGAUUAUUAACAGCAGGAUUGAUGUUCUCCAAGGGCCUUUCCUGCUUUGAAUUCUUCAGUUAAGCCUUCCUAUCCUGGGGGAAAGCAGGCAGAGAAAGAUCAUGGGAGUGGGCCGGGGGCAUGGUGGCUGUGUUAGGAGAGAUUUAAUGUGGCAGCCACAGAGUGGCUGCAGAGGGGCCCAAGGGCAGGCUGACUGCCCUCCUUCCCAGAGCCAAGCUGGGAAGCUGGAGCAUGGAUGACCAAAAGCACUGUCUUCCAGUCGUGGCUUUGCCUCUCACUUGCUGUGAGGCCCGGUCAAGGUGUAGCCCCUCCAGGCCUCAGUAUCCUCAUCUGUAAAAUGGGAAUUUUCAUCUAGGUUGGAGCUGCUGACAUGAUUUGCUUGACCUGGAUAAUGUUCCCAUUGGAGUUCACAUAAAAGUUCAGAUUAUUGGCUUCUCAUGAAAAUCAGAAGACAGCCUCACAGAGUCUACCUUCUACAUCUGCUCCAUUCCCACCAGCCCACUUCACUCACAUGGUGUGCCUGGCUCUAUGGGCAUCUGAGUGCAGCAUCUUCCCUUCCUCCCACACUCCCCUCCUUAGACCCAGGCUCUGCUCUCUGAACUGAACUGUGGCUCUGCCCUGCUCCAAUGGAGGGCACCCCUGGGCUUCCUUUCUGGGGGUGGUGGGUGCCAACAAGGAGGAGCCAGGUUCUGAAGACUCUCACGUAUUUUCCUUGGCCCUCUCCCCUCCCUACCUCCAUCCAGCUCUGCCUCUUACCAUUCUGCCUCUCACUUUCCCUCCCAGGCAGCAUGGAGCCUACAUGCCCCUCAGCCUCUCCCCCCACCUCCAGGAGGCCCUACCCAUGCUUAUGACCUUGCUAUUCUGGGCCUUGUGUCCUGUUGGGAGAUGGACAGGAGACAGCUGGGCUCAUAGGCCACCCACGCUGGGGGCUAGCUGGGGGAAGCCUUCUGGCUCUCCUGGUUUUGUCUAAUCCCUGGGGCUCCCCCAAACCUUGGCUUCAGGAGACUGGGAAUAGAAUCGGCUUUGCAAAAAUGGGAUGGUUUGGGGAUCUGGGUGCUGUGUUCUCAAAGUGAGAUGGUGAGUGAAGGCUGUGGUGCUCUGGGGUAAGCAGGACCUGAUCCUCUCCUAAUCUAGCAGCAACUGUUGCUGUGAGGCUCCCCCCGCCCCCAAACCCUGCCAGCCUUCAGGGACUUGCCUUCAGAAGAUGAGUGGGGGAGGGGUAGGAGGAUUCCCUCAGCCCCCAAGAUUUGUGUCUCUUGGCUUAAGGAGCCUAAGAGACUACUACUCCCCUCUAAGCCUUUCCUUAUGAAUUGUUAAACUGAAGUUUGGAACUGGUCAGAGAUUGGCCAGGCUCUAUCUCUAUGUCCUUCAGAGCUAGGCCUCUACUGUUCUCAGCAUCAGCCAUCAGGCAGAAGAGGAAGAAUGUCUUCCAGCUCUGGGCUUGGAGACCCCCAGUGGGGGAGUCCAGGAGAGCGCCUUAUGUGCAGCCUUCCUCCAUCCCAGUUCACACCCCCAGCCUCCCUGAUGCUGAUCCUUUUGCAGUUCUUGGCUGGUGGCUUUCCCUCUCUGGCUUCAGUUUCCCCCUCUCGGAAGUUGAGGGAGGUAGAAAUGAAUAACCUUAAAGGGCCCCGUUGGCAGUGACAUCCUGUAAAUCCUGCCUCCUUUCCUGGCUUCUUGCUCUCAACUCUCUUGAAGCUGCGAUCUCUCCAGUCUUCUCCCCGUUCUCCAUGUUUGGGCAUUCCUGCUCCUUUAAGACAGUGCCCCUGUCACUCCUCCAGGUGGUGGUAGGGAGAAGCCAGCCAGCGCCAAAAAGCUUGGCAGAUGCUAAGCCUGACUCUGGCCUAAGAAAGUGGGUGCUGGGCCAGGUGGAGGUGCCUGUCAGUGUGACCCCCGACACUCAUACCCCAUUGUCUAAGCCCCCCCAAUCCCAGGUCACAGCAGGAUUUUGCUUCAGGGGAGGGGUUUGUUAGAACCAUGAAAAGGGGAAGGGAAGGAGCACGGUGUCCUCAACUCACCCUGGCAGCUGCCCCUCCCCCCAAGUCCAGGCAUAGGAAGGGAUGAGUAUGGGGGGAUAAAUCCUUAAGUUCCAUCUACCCCUGCUGUCCUACUCCCCAAAAGUAGGGCUUCCUUUCCUUUGCCCCGCUGUCUCCUAUGGCAUUGUCUGCUUAGGAACUUGAGCGCCGGAGAGGAAAACAGCCUUGAGAACCCUUUUAGUGGUCCAUGUUUCUCAUUGUUCAUCUCAGGAAACUGAGGCCUGGAGGGAGGAAGGACUUGAGACCAGGGUCAUGACGCUCCUUCUUCCCCUCGCUGACCUUUCACCAUUAUGCUUACUGAACCUCUCUCUUCUCUCUGCCCUCCUUUCCUCUGGCCUCACCCCAUGCUACCCUCCGUCUGCUCCUCCAGCAGCUGCCCUGGUAGUAAUCAAGAGACGCCCCCGUCCUGGAGUAGGGGUGGGGGUGGGGGGCUCAGACAGCUGCUUCUCUGAGGAAGCUGACACCAAGGCCAGCCGCUCAGCAACAACUUGUGGUUUUGCACCCAGCCCUGGGCCCCUGCUGCCCUGGCUGCUGCAUGCCUGCUCUCUGCUGUCCCCUUUUCCCACUGCUCAGACUUCCCUCUGACCCUGGCACCCCCGUCUCUGCUCUCCCAGCUCUCUUCUGUCCUCAUUUCCCCUAGACCUGACCCAUGCAUCUGCCUGCUCCCCAUUCCUCUGUCUGGAGCCUCGGUCAUACCCAGCUCACCCAGGCCUCUUUCCUGGAUGCCCCCUCCCUCAUGCCUCUUCUGGUGGGAUGCGCCCAGCACCUGAGCACAUGGCUCUGAUCCUCUCUCCCCUUGAGGACAGAUUCUUCACAGCCAGGGUGGAGUGCGGACCAUACAGUGGGGUCUGCCUUGAGUUAAAGAGAGCACAGUGUGGGAUGAGGUGACCCUCAUUUCAUGUCUUGGGGUGACCCCUGCCCCGAUCCUGAAACAUUUAUCCCUCCCCCUCUGCCAUCAGCACGUUCUGUAGCUUCUUGGGUUACCCUGCUGCUGGGGUAUCCCAUUUUCUUGGUGGGGGGGAUUCUUUGUCAGGGAUGGGGGGCCCUGAAGGCGAUGUUCCCAGAGGCCGAGUUAGAGCGAUGGGGAGGGGGAAGCUUGGGGGAGAGACAGACAGUCCUGGCUUUGCUCACCAGGGCCUGGACACUAAAUCCCUUGUUGUUGGCUUUAGCAACCUCUCCCUGGGGUAGGGUUACCAUCUUCUGCCCUAUCCCUUUGACCCUCUCCCCUCUUGACUUCCCCUUGUCCCUCUAGAGGCACUUCCUCUGGUCCCCAAAGGAUGUUCUCCUCUCUUCAAUCCCCUGAAGUUUGGAGGAUCUCUGCUGCCCUUUCAACAAAAUAGGCGAGGAAGAAGAAGACUGUGACAGUAGAAACAGGUCCAGGGUGGAUGAGACGGGAAGAGAGGUGCGAGGAAAGCAAAAGGCGAAGGCCUGAGAGGUGGAGCAUGCUUACGGGAAGAACUAGGGGCGUGAGUUUGGAAUAGGAAAUCCAGUGCAACUGAGGAAGUCAAAGCAAUUGGGGUCAGCAGCAGAAGACAGAGAGUGAAGUCUCUCCCUGCCCCCCCUGCCCCGGGGCUGGGGCCACCUUAGCUUCCCUCAUGAGUGACAUCUCAGGCUGCAGCCCCACUGUUCCCCCUCUGUCAGCAGAAAUAUCUCUCUCUUCUGAUCCCUCCUGCUGAAGUCUCAGCCAGCCAAUCCCUGAUCUGGAGGAGGGGGGAGCCUGCCCCCCCACUCUCUCAUAAGGACCAGCUGGGGGUUGGGGGGGUGGCCGGCUGCUGCAAGUGGGACUGGGUUAGAGCUUUGUGGAGGGAAGAAGAACCUGGGGGGGGGGCAGGAGAGAAAAAAGAAGAAACC